GGCCGCAGCUCUGUAGCAGCCUAGCAGCAGCCAGUCCACGUCGGCUCGCGCUCGCUUUUGUUCCCCGUCGGCCGUCGCGCUGGCUCUGGUCUCUGCGCGCUCCACUAUGACCUUAACCCUUAAGCAAACAAGCAACUAAGCAAGCCAAUUAUCUCACCGAACAAAACGAGGAACCUUCGUUCGCGCGGUGGCGGCGGCGCGCGCUCAAUCGAUUGCCUAUAAAAGCACCACCAGGUCGAGCACUCAGACGCCUCCAUGGCUCGCAGCCUUCGCCUGAAGUCCUGAGCUGUGCGUGCUUCAUCCAUUCUACGAGGUCGAAGCUACACUGUUCGUGAUCCCAGCAGAGUCACUGCACAGACUUGCAAAGAAAAGAUUGUUAAGCUGCAGCUCUGGAUUUGUGGCGAGAGUGAGGAGGGGAAGGGAGCUGGAGGAGUCGUCCGCGGUGGCGGCUGACCGGCCCGGCACCGACAUGAGCGGAGCGUCACAGUGGCACUCCCACCGCAGCAAGCGCGCCCCGUUCGGCUACGACAACGCCCUCCCCGCCGCCGGCAACAAGCUGACCUGGCCGUUGCCGCGGCGCCCGGCCAACCAUGCGGUCUUCCUUUCCGACCUCUCCUUCCUCUUCCGCUUCGUCGCACCUCUCUUACCUGAUCCCUGCUAGGCCGCCGGCUCCUCCUCCUCCUCUUGCCAUGGGACAGGGAUACUGUGCAGCCGGUGGCAUCAGUGUGCCGGCAAGUGUGGCCGUGGACGCGGCGGCGGCGGCGGCGCCGCGGCAGGGCGCCCGGAACGCGGGCGCAGGCCACCCGCCGCUGCCGCGCCCGCCGCCGCGGCAGUGCCCGCGCUGCCAGUCCGGCAACACCAAGUUCUGCUACUACAACAACUACAGCCGCGCGCAGCCGCGGUACCUCUGCAAGGCGUGUCGACGCCACUGGACCGAGGGCGGCACGCUCCGCGACGUGCCCGUCGGCGGCGGACGCAAGAACAGGCGCGGCGGCAACAAGGGCAGUGCCUCCGCCGCAAAAGCGUCUGCCUCGGCUGAUGCGGCCGCGAUGACGCAGGGCGGGAGCGCCGCAGUCGGCGCCGACACGUUCCCGGACCUCCUGCGGCAGCUGGUCCACUUCCAGCCGGGCGCGGCGGCCGUGGGCGGGGGCGGCUACGCAAUCGACCUGAGCGCGUGGCAGCAAAUGGCCGCUGCCACGGCGCCGCCGCAGGGGACUGGCGAGGUCAGCGCACUCGGAGGAGCGGCUGCGGCGGAGGCCAACUGCAGCGCGUUGCAGUACUGGGGCGGAUGGCAGCAAGAUGACAUGCCCGGCCUUGAUGGGGCUUGCUAAAAGUAGACUACUAGUAGUGCUUGUAUCAGUGAGUACUUAUAUACGUAUAAUUUUUUUACGAAAUCCUAUAUACGUAUAUUGUAUGUGUGUACUGCAAACGUAGUACGUAAUAGCAUACGAUGAGCUUGUUUCGUCUUAGUUACGUACACGUAUAUAUGUAUGUAGGUAUGUUAUAUAUGCUGGAGUAACCUUUUGUGCACGUAGUAUGUGUUCUUAGUUGAAACUCUGCUUGCUAAUAAUAAUACCGCUAUGGUCCAAUUA